AGACGAACAUUGGGAUUAUUUCAUUGUCUGACUUCGAUUUGUGGACUGGGAAAUUCGAGGCUCAGCUGGACAUUUCUAGUUCUCUGGAUUGCUAGGGGAGCAUCUACCUCGGCGGAUUGAUUGCUCCUUCGACCAUCACAAGACCACCUACCCUCACACACACUGACACUCACCCAUAGGUGAUACAGCCAUCAUUCACAGAAAUCAAUCUCAACGCCCUUCACGAUGGAUCACCGUUUCUCAACACUCUUCUUCCAACCUCCUCGCACUCCUCCUUCGCCUGAAGACACAAGCAUGUCGGGCGCUCUCCCAGAUCCUAACACCUUAGGGAAGCGGAAGUCAACAACGAUGAAGCAGCUGCUGAAGAAGUUGUUUGGUAUACCCAGACAAACGACCGAUCCUCUCAUCAAAACCGCAGAACCGGUGCCUUCCGCUCUGAGUCAACAAGUCUGGAGCGAAUUCUCAAGCAUCACCAAGACUCCUUCGAAAGCAUCAUCCACGCUCAAGAAAACCUCUACACUGAAGAAGUCCCCCAGGACAUCGGGAACCGAUUCAAACGUCGUCGUGGCUCCGCCGGGUCAACCUCUUCCAGCCUUCAAAAGAAGAGACUUCUUCCAUAAAUCAUCAUCAUCAAGUGCCGCCUCGAUUUCCUCGUCCGUCUUCAGCAGCAAGCGAACCAGCACUGCAGCGAACAGUGUUCGAGACUCGAAAUUCUCCUCCAUCUCGUCCCUGCCUUCUCUCGCUAGUCUCGCUCUCUUACCACAUCCGUCUCGUACCUCGUCGCCGGGUCCUUCUCUAUCUCUGUCUGUCGACGAGUUAGCACUCCUACAGAGUCUGAUCAGGAAGAUUGCGAGACAGUUGAAGAAACAGGAAUAUCUAACGAACCAUCUAGCUGGGAAUCUAGUAUCUCUGUUUGGGAGGAAAGAGGCGCAGAUUCAUAGCAUGAAACGAUUGAGAGUGCAAGAAAGAGAGAUAGGUGCUAGAGAAGUGUGGAGAGUGAAAGAGGUUGUUGGUAGGGGCUUUUUAAGGAGAGGUGUGCUUGUGGGAAGGAGUGAGGGUGCCCUCAACCUCCUCCGCACAGCUCUCGACAACGCAACUAGAGCGCCAUCAACACCCCAAAGCACCGUCACCCGCCGCUCAUCAUCAUCCUCCCCUUCCACGCUAUCCUCAGCCUCCUACACAACAGCACCCUCCAUCUCACCCCGCUCCGUCCCGACAUUCACGCUUCCUCUCAACACCCUCGCAGAUACCACCGCAACCCUCUCAUCUGACCUCUCCCUUCACUCUAUCCUGAAUGCAGAAUUUAAGACUACAAUCUAUACCUCUUGUCUGUCCUCUCGUUGGAACGGACUCCCCGGUGGUGGGUUUAAUGGGAAUGUGAAGGGCAAUAUUAAUGAUAGGAUUAUGAUGCAUAGGUUUGUGUCUUUUGUGGAGAGUAGGAUACAGCUUAUGGAAGAGUGUGAUGUUCGAUUGGUGGUGCUGGUUGGGAGAGUUGAGGAGCUGGGAAAAGGGAGAGUGGUGGAGGGGAAGUAGGUCACGUGAGGGAGAAUGGGGACAGGUGAAGAGUAGAACUGGUGACGGAGAACGAUUCCAGCUGAUUGAGAGUUUGGCUUGAUGAUGUGUAAGGGUGGUUGCUAAUUGUGGAUAUCGACGGAGCUGGCUCUCGGGCUCGGGCAGCGAUACACGUGACUCGACAACAGUCCUCCACGAACGUCCCAGACUUUACGACUUUCAACUUCAGCCAUCCAUCAGACAGACAUUCCGAAGUCUUGCAAACAACCAAACAUUCACCAUACAAACUUGUGCCGCGUUACGAUUCACGACUGAUUUUCAUCUCAUUUAU